UGAAGUUAGUGACUCUCAUAACCUCAAACCAAAACAGUCGGGCUUCAAGCCCCUGAUGAUUGUUGCGAGGGUUCAGACAAUUAAAGUGAAUAAUCAAAAAUGAAAAUCACCAGGCAUAAAAAAGUGCACAAGUACCUGAACUUCUACGUCAACAAUUAUAAAUUUCGGACGCCAUUUCAAGUGCUGAUUGAUGGAACGUUUUGUUUUGCUGCUCUUAAGGAAAAAGUUGAUAUUCAAGAUCAAUUGCCAAAGUAUUUUCAACAAGAAACGAAACUCCUGACGACCCCAUGUGUCAUCAUGGAGACCGAGAGUUUGGGGCCCCAGACAUAUGGGGCCAUGCUAAUUGCUAAGAAAUUUGCUGUGCACAAGUGCAGCCACGAGAAGCAUCCAACGACUGGCUCCAAGUGCCUGAGGUCUAUGAUAAAAAAUAAUAAUCCGUCCAGAUACAUAAUAGCAACACAAGACCGAGAUCUUCAAGAGAAGGUUCGGAAUAGGGCGGGGGUCCCCCUGCUUUAUCUCCAUGGAAAGGUCCCCACACUGGAUCCCCCAUCCCAGGCCAGCAAGAACGAGGCACAGCAUCAGCUCGAUAAAGUUGAUCUGAACGUUCACCAGAGAGAGACCUUGGCGGAGCUGAAACAGAGCUCAGGCCUCGCCACCGAAGAGGAAACAAAAAUGAAAAAGAAGAAGAGAAAAGGGGGACCCAACCCCCUCAGCUGCAAGAAGAAGCAGAAGAAGACUUCGGUGAAUAACACGAAAACAUCUGGAAAAGUGCGGAAGAGGAGAAAAGCAAAAAUUCCAUCACAUGUUAAAGAAAUGUUGAAGACUUCACAGAAUAGUAACCAAUAAAUUUAGGAAA